AUGGAGGAGUCUCAGUUCUACCGAUGGCUUCAUCUGUUGGGUCUCCUGGCUCUAUCAUAUCUGGUCCUGAAACAGGUGUGGACCAUGCUGAUCGGGAUGAAAACCCAUAUACUCUCCCGGUGGUGGAAGACAAACCUCAAGAAGAAGUAUGGAGGAUGGGCAGUGGUAACUGGAGCGUCAAAUGGAAUCGGGAAGGCCUAUGCAAAGGAGUUGGCCAGGAGAGGCUUCGAUGUCGUCCUCAUCAGUCGCAGUGUGGAGAAGCUACAAAAUGUUGCAGAUGAGAUAGAAAAAGAGAGUCAACAAAAAACCAAGAUCAUCGAGGUAGACUUCACAGAAGGGACUGAGAUUUAUCCAAAAGUGGAGAAGGCUUUGAAGGACUUGGAUAUCGGAAUUUUAGUGGUAACUGGAGCGUCAAAUGGAAUCGGGAAGGCCUAUGCAAAGGAGUUGGCCAGGAGAGGCUUCGAUGUCGUCCUCAUCAGUCGCAGUGUGGAGAAGCUACAAAAUGUUGCAGAUGAGAUAGAAAAAGAGAGUCAACAAAAAACCAAGAUCAUCGAGGUAGACUUCACAGAAGGGACUGAGAUUUAUCCAAAAGUGGAGAAGGCUUUGAAGGACUUGGAUAUCGGAAUUUUAGUGAACAAUAUUGGAAUAUCUUACUACCCCGGAGCAAGAAGAUUUCUUGAGGUCCCUGAUGUUAACAAGGGGAUAAGCGACAUCAUGAACUGCAAUGUACUAUCCAUGGUGCAUAUGACCCGGAUUGUGUUACCUAGAAUGGUGGAGAGGAAAAAAGGUCUGAUCAUAAACAUCUCCUCCGCUGCCGGGGCCCGUCCUUAUCCAUCAUUAACAAUGUAUUGCGCUACUAAGGCUUUCAUGGACUUUUUCUCCCGCUCCCUCUACUACGAGUACAGAUCUGAUGGGAUUACAGUUCAGUCUAUUAUGCCGCACUUGGUGUCCACCAACAUGAACUUCAACAUGAAGACCAAUAUUAUGGUGAAAACCAGUGAUGACUUUGCCCGGGAAGCUCUAAACACUGUGGGGUACUCCCAUCGGAACAAUGGCUGCCUCAUCCACAGCUUCCAGGAUUACAUCCUUGAUCAACUGCUGACUGAGACCUUCAUGAAUUCACAGAUCUGUCUGUUCAUUGGUGGCUAUGCAUUGAGAAUUCUCUUCAAGAUGCUGAUGAGGAACAAGAGUCAAUAAUAAAUAAUUAGGGAAAUUG